AAGGAAGUGUGAUGUAAGGUUUUUUUUGGGGGGGUGUAAAGGAAAUGCUCUCGGUUUCUUCGAACCUUUUGUUUCAUUGGUUAUCCCCCCCAAAAAAAUCCCCGUGGUUGGGAGCUUGCACUAUAUAAAGUUCAGAGGAUGUUAAGCAGCACUGCGUUGAAACAGCGAUUUUGAGAGCAAGACGAAAUGCUUGCGCAGAGUCUCAAAAAGGGUGUGCUCUCAGCCUUUCUUCUUCUCCUGGCAGCGUCGGGACAGUCGGCACAAACCACAACAAAUCCGACUCAGCUUGAAAACAUCACCAUCGCGGAUCCUCUACUCAUGAGUUCACACAGGCCGUGUGGAAGCCAAGACCAGCAAUUCUGUUUAAAUGGCGGCACAUGCGUCUAUCCCCAGGACAACACGGAACCCUUUUGCAUCUGCAAAUCCGGCUUCAGCGGGAAUCGCUGCCACUAUGAUGGCGAGGUUAACUCCGUGUUCUGUCGAAGUGACCAUUUUAUAGAGCACCUCAUUGCCAUCAGCUGCGUGGCGGCCAUAUUCAUCUUCAUCCUGGUCUUCAUCAUUUCCUGCAUCGUCCGCAAGAGGUGUAUAAAAUCAGCAAAGCAAAUCAAAUCUGUACCAUGUGAGGUGACUGUGUGACACUCUCCACACUUCCCUAAUCUUCAUGCUCAUCCUCCCUGCCACAUUUAAGAGGAGACAACAAAUGUUCUUUUCAUUUGCACAACGCUAACCACCUGUGACGUUUUCCACCAAGCACAAAACAGCCAAGAGUAACAAAACCCUGUCCAAUUAUCCUUUAGACUCCAUGAGAAAUGUGACUAUUUAUUGUUAUAACUUAUUUUGUGUUCAAUUUAUUUAAGUUUGUUUAAUAAAUGAAUACAAUUUUAAA